AUGACAUCAAAUUUGCAUUCAUUAGUUGAGGAAAAUAAAGAACUACUUAAGCAAUUAAUGAUAUUAGAAAAAUUCAUUGAACUUAAAUCGAAUGAAUGCGCUUAUUAUAGAGCGAAAGUGCAUCUGAUGCAAAUAAGUACAUUAAAUCCUCAAAUAGUAAAACGAUCAGGCAUUAAACAAAAUCAUAGACGAUCUUCCAGCGAAGAUAUUAGCCAUAAUUCCACAACAGGUCAACAUGAACCAUCGGGUAUUCGAAGAAAUUCUGUGCCAUUAUCUGUACAAAAAAAUUUCAAUAUUUCUCGUCACGGUAAUACCUUUUUGCCUUGGGACCCAUCAACCAAAUCGAAACAUUUACCAUUUUCGUCAUCAUUAAGAAGAUAUCGAAAAACAAUUCAUGCACAAAAUCAAAAUCAUUAUGAAGAAAAACCUAUUCUUCACGAUAAAAACAUUCAAUGUAACCAUAAUAAUUUUCCUUCAAUAGAAUUCUCAUCGAAAUCUUCGCAUACGGUUUUAAUCAUUCGUUUACCAGACAGUUUCUUGAAAUUACUUACUGAAAAACAAAACAAAAAUCUCAAAAUUCCAAAAUUAAAAGUGCACAUCUCAUCAGAACUACUUAAAAAAUUAUUUCAUUUCAAUUCCGCAACAACAGAUAAAAACCAUCAUCAAUUCGAUCAAUUUACCAUUGAUUCACAAUAUGGUAAAAUAGCAGCUCGUAUUCAUUGUGAAAAUUCAAUUGAUCAUGACCAAUCUAAAAUAGUUCAUGCUAAAGCUGAAGUAAAAAAUCAUCAUGACCAUCGAUUGCCAACCGUUAGACAUGUUAUAAGAACGAGAAGUAAUGGGUCUGAUAAGAAAAGAAUUGUUGUCGGUAAAAACCUCCAUGCAUUUACACACAAACAUCGGCGAAAGAAAAAACAUUUACAUAAAUCAACUAGUAAUGCAUCUUCUGAGGAAUCGAUUGAUGAAGCACAAUCAACAAUAGACACGUUAGCAUCAUCAUCAUCUGAUCAGACGAGUAAUUCUAUUCGUACUUAA